GGAAGAAGGAAAAUUCAACUCUCUUCGUGCAAUAAAGAUGCAAACAGCUCAUGUGCACAUCAUUCCGGAUUAUUGAGUUAACAUCAUGGAGCAGCUCAAGGAAGAAAUCCAUCACCUUUGCUUGUGCUACCCUGAGGGUAUCCCGAUACUGAAGAUUCCACUGGUUUACAGACAAACCUUCAAGAAGCAGCUUGACCUCGGCCUGCAUGGCUUUGGGUCUCUGGAAGGCCUUCUUGAGGAGAUGCUGGACAAAGUCUCCUUGCACUUUGAUGAGAAAGGGGUGUGGGUACAGUCCGCAUCCAGUCCAGAGGACUUCACACCACUGCUUUCCAGUCCACCUGAGUUGCCAGCAGCCAUUCCACCACCAAGCCAAUCAAAAUGUCAAGCUCUGAACAAACUCAGGGAGCGUCUGCAGAGCCUGUUCCGGCUGUACCCCUCUGGCAUUCCACUGCACAGGCUGUGCAACACUUACAACCAGGUGUAUAAGGAGUGCCUCACCCUGAAGAAAUACGGAUUCAAGUCUCUGAAGGAGAUGGCGGGGCAGCUGACCGACGUCUGGGAUAUGGUCCCCGCUGACAGUGGGAUUCUUCUGAUAGGAAAACCCUGUGAUGAUGCAGUGCUCAAAACUUCCCCUGACGAUCCUGAAAGCCAACAUGCAGAUUUGAGAGCACCACAGCCUGGCCCGCCUCAAGUCGAAGACUCUGCAGGAGAAUGCUCAAUAGAGGCCUUUCGUGAAAUGCUGCAAAGACUGUGCAAGAGGUAUCCAGGAGGUUUCCCUGUGAAUAGGAUCAGCAAGAACUUUUACUACAGGUACCAAAAGCCCCUUUCUGUGAGAAAGUUGGGAUUCAAAUCAGUUAAAGAUUUGGUGGCAUCAAUGAGCGACAUAGUCGAUAUGGUGAAGCAGGAAAGUGGCUAUGUCAUUCGAAGCAAAUCCGCCUCAGCCUCGUGGGACACAGAUGGUGCCAGUGAUGUUUCAGCCUUAACUGGUUCAUCUCCUGCUGUGUCUCCGCCUCAGCCUGUAGCAGCUACGCCCAAAGAUGAUAUGAAACCACAGCUGAGAGCGGAGUUAAUUGCCUUACUCCAGAGCUUCCCCCAAGGCGUAGAACUGACCAGAAUCCGCAAGACGUACGGAAUGAUGUACAAUCGCAAGCUGCGCCUGAAGGAUUAUGGCUUGGAGGGCCUGCAGGAGCUGCUGCUGCUGCUCGGAGAUGAGGCCCGGAUGGUGCAUGAAGGUGGAAAGAAUAUCGUGAAGGCGGUGAGCCUGGGCGACUGUGCAGGCCUCCCUGCGGAUAGAGACUUCGACUGGAGCGCCCCAGGUCAGCAGGGGGACCCGGAUGCCAGCGCUAGUUCUUCCGUCAAGAGGGGUUCAGGCAAAAUGGAGAAGGCUUGCUGGGAAGUCACAGAGCUAUUAAAACAGCACUCUCAAGGUAUUCCACUCAAAAAGCUGGCUCUCUUCUACAGUCAGAAGUACAAGAGGAACCUGACUGUGAGGUCUUUCGGCUUUCCUUCUGUCACCAGUUUUAUAGAUUUUUUGAAGGAUGACUUGCAUAUAGAAGAAGAUUUGGUUUUUCACAAUUCUCACCACAGGCCAAUCUCUGCGACUUCUGUUCUCCCAGGUCCAGAGACAUCAAAGGCUCUGGAGAUGAAGUGGGCCACACAGCCACUUCAGCCUCAGGCUGCCAAGGCUGAACCAUCAGCUAUACAGCAGAGCACUAUGAAAAUAGCGAAGCAGAGAGCGGAAUCCCCACAGCCACCAAAGCCUACAGUUCAGGGACCAGCCCUGUUAGUAACUCCAGCUGCGGUCUUCCCAGGGCCCUCUCACUGGCCACCUGUUGUCCCGUUUCCUGUGGCUUCUGCAGUUUCCCAGUCCGACUUCCCAGCUCUGGGAGCCAAGCUGACAAAAGCCCAGCAGAAGAAUCUCCAGGGGGAGGCAGCACAGAAAGAGAGAAGCAAAUCAAGUGCCCCAGUGUUUAAGGAGGCCUACAAUGCCCAGAUGAGGGAAAUUCACAAUUCAAACAUGCAGGCUGCAGAAGUUCUGGAAGGUCUCAGUUUGGAGAGGAGGCCUGGGAGAAACUUCUCCAUUUCAGAGGUGAACAGCCUGGCUCAGGACUGCAUCCGUGCCAUCGCUGCCGAGGGAGAGCUUGUCACGAGCAAAGAGGUUGACUCCCGAAUCUGCAGACUUUUACGAAUUAAGUCCCUGCAUAGUAUACAAAUUGUUGCUGUGCGAGAUCUAACUGCUGUGAAGGAGCUUCAGAGAACCCUCAGGGAGAUAAAUAGUUUUAUUGAGUCGGUGGAAGGAGUGCGCACAGUGUGCACCCUCUAUGAACUCGGCCAGAGCUUGGCAGCCCUGAAAAACAAGAAGCGUUUUGAGGAGCUGAGUUUGGGCCCCCUGUGCAAGAUUCCUCUGAUCCACAGAAUGUUUAAAGUGGAUCGCACGUGGAAGGACGAUGACAUACGUGAGAUCGAAACUGUGGACAUCAUAAAGAGUCUGCGUGUCUUCAUGAAAGAGUACAACCUCAACCGCUCCAAAGUGGACCUGGCUGAUUUCAUGAAACACUUGGCGGAUCAGUAUAACUGCGAGUCGCCCUACGAGCUGGGAGUCAGAAUCCAGAGCAUCGCUCUUUCCAUUUCGACACUGAGGAAAGCUGUGAAAUCCGAGCAUGAGUCUAUGGACAAAGCCAGGGCCACCAUUCAGAGGGAAAUCAUGGAAGAGGUGGAAACCAGGAUGAGAAAGAUCAAGAGAACCCUGAUGGAGCCAGCUCAGGGGCCUGAGCUUUUCUCUUCAGGGGGCAGUAGGGAGCUGAGGAAGAAGUACACUUCCCUGACUGCAGCGGAGGCAGUGCUGGAAGUCUUCAAGAACACAGAGGGGGUGUUCAGCACCAGGAUGACCAAGCAUGUUCAGGAUUUUUUGCUCCGGGUGUCAGGUGACCGGUUGUCCACUGCAUUGUUCCAACUGGCCAUCUGUGGCGGCUCUCUGGAGGUGCCCACGGACUUGGUGGCCAAAGAGAAGACCCACAAGCCCACCCAGGAUAAGGAGACCAGGGAACAGAAAGCAGCUGUAGAAACUCCUAGCGAAGCUUCCGUGAAGCAGUAUUUCCAGGAGAAAAUUUCCAAAUUCAAUGGGUUGCCUGACCUGUCCUACCUGUCCAAGCUGGAGAAGGCUAUGGUUAAUCAUUUUAAGUUUAAAGAGUUUGCCCAUAUGGAACACGGCACCUUCUUGGAGUUCCUGGUGAAACAGUCUCAGAUUCUGAAGGAGGCUGGUGUAGGGGCUCUACCACUCAGCAGUUGGGACUCCAGGGCGUGUGGCUUCAGACCCAGCCAGCAGGAUGUCUUCGAGUUCCUCAAACAGUGUGGAGUUGAAGGCCAAGACAGACUUCCUGCCAUCGAAUCCGCCUUAAGAAAUCACUACAAAGUGAGAGACAGUCGGGAGCUGGGGUACGGGUCCUUGUCUACUCUCGUCGUCCUUGUUCAGCGCCAGAAGCAGCAGAGCAAUGGGAUUCACGCCAGCCCUGUGCGUUACGAAGCGCCGCUGUUUGCCAGGGAAGCAAGGAGCUCCUGGACUGAGGCAAAUGAGUCGGUAGGCCUGUUGGGGCCACAGAGCAUAGGAAACGCCCUGGCCUGUCUCCUGAGCGCUCCCCUGCUGGAGGACCUGUCAGAGUGGUCGCAGUGGGAGCUGGUGUUCGAACCCGAGCAUGGAAACCUUAAGGAUUUCAUAGAGAAGAACGCUGGAAAGAAAAUCACCCAGCUGGCAGGAGAAACUGUUGUAGGUGACCUGGUGGCUCUAGAGGUGAAGCCAGGAAUCUUGCUUAGAGUCACAAAUUUCACCAGCCCUCAGCUGUUUGCAGAGGCAGCAACAGCACUGGACCCCAUUGACACUGCUGGGCAUCUGGUGUCCGUAGUGCUGGCUGAUGGGAUUGCUAAUGCACCUAUAGCUCUGUUGGCCAAUCACAUGGAAAGCUCCCUCGCUGCUGCUAUGGUCCAAGAAGAUUUUUCACAGCCUGAAGAAGCACUUUCACUGAACACAACUGCCAAGUUUGUCCUUGACUGUCUCAUUCGAAUACCAACAAAAAUUUGCAAAUCCCUAAUUAAGCAGAUCUUCCUUGAGCCGUUCUCCAAGGUGCUGGGGCAGGCCAAGUCCAAGGCGGUUCUUUUACAGGCAGCCCGAUCGGACCGCCGCUACAAGAACAGACUGCACCAGAUGGGCCUGCUGCUGGGUCUGACGGAGUGGGUGAAAGACUUUCAGACCAAGCUGAGCUCACCCCAGCUGCCUGUGGUACCGUCCAAGAUCUCAAAGGCUAGAUCUGCUGACUCUAUGUCCCAGAGUAGCAAGUCACUGGUGGCUGACUUCAGUGAUGAGGAACCCGAGCUGGAGUCUGAUUCAGAGCCUGAAGACAACUCCUCAUCGCAGAUCUCUGAUGACGAGGAGCAGAAUUAUGAACUUACCUCAGAACAAAACAGCCAGGUCUCCAACACCUCUGAGAGCCAGGGCCUGAGUUCUGGGGCUGUGAACGCAGACCCGGCGGAGAUGGACGUGCAGGGAUCCGAAGACUUGGGGAAAAGCCUGGCCGAGGAAAGAGUGAACCAGUGCAAAGCUAUCAUCGACGAUAUUAGAAAAACUGAAUUUGGCAUCGGGGUGGACUUGAACGAAGAGGGCAGGAACCUGAUGAAUGUCCAUCAGGAGCGGCUUGGCCGAAGCCUGGACAGACUGUCCACUGAGCUGUACAGCAAGGACACGCACUUCGUGCUAGAGCUGAUCCAGAAUGCCGAUGACAACAGCUACCCUGUUGAUGGGGGCCUGCAGCCAGCUCUGACAUUCAUGGUGGAGAAGGACUGCAUCUCCAUCCUUAACAACGAGUGCGGCUUCGAGGAGAGGAACAUUCGUGCCGUCUGUGAUGUGGGCAGAAGCACAAAAGGGAAACACAAAUACGGCUACAUAGGCCAGAAGGGCAUUGGCUUCAAGUCCGUUUUCAAAGUGACCGACUGUCCAGAGAUUCACUCCAACGGUUUCCACAUCUGCUUUGACAAGAACAGUGGGCCGAUGGGCUACAUACUGCCACACUGGCUCGAAACAGAGAGACCCCUACCUGUGGCAGAGGAACUGAAAUUAAACAGCAGUUGGACCACGAAGAUAAUCUUGCCUCUCCGGUGUGAGAGCUACCAGACGCGGAACCUCUUCCAUGACGUUCACCCAUCGCUGCUGCUGUUCCUCCACAGGCUGCGUUCGAUCACCAUCGUCAACCAGAGUGAGAACCGUGUCAUAUCAAUGACUAGGAGAGAUCUGGCCGGCAAUGUCCUAGAGGUGCAGCACACAGAUGGCACGGAGCGGUGGCUGGUCUUGAAACGCACUCUGUGCGCCAAGAAGAUCAAGGACAACGUGGAGUCCACUGAAAUAGCGCUGGCCUUUAAACUCAGCAAUGGAGAUGACUGUCAAGGCCUGACCAUGCAGCCAGAGAAGCAGCCUGUCUUUGCCUUUCUGCCCUUGAGAAGCUUUGGGUUUCGCUUCAUCAUUCAAGGGGACUUUGACAUUCCGUCCUCCAGAGAAGACGUGGAUCGUGACAGCCCAUGGAAUCAGUGGCUCCGUUCAGAAAUCCCUCAGCUCUUCCUUCACGCCAUGGACAUCUUCAUGGAACAUCCAGAAUUCAGUGGCCUGCAAGGUCUCUGUCAGUUCCUGCAGUUUAUCCCCCUUCCAGAUGAAAUUCUGGACUUCUUCAAUCCUGUGGCUGGAAAGAUCAUCCAGCUCCUUAAAGGAAAAGCUUGUCUGCCCACAAAGGAGGAUAAAGAGGGCAAUGUGGAGUUCAAGCUGCCCUCCCAGAUUGCCGUGUCCCAGGACGUGCUGAUCCAGGAGGUGAUUAGUCCAGAGCUGCUGCAGCGGCACCUGAACCUGUCCUACCUGCACCCCGCCUUGCAGUCCGCCCUUCCCCACUCCCUGAUCACCGCCCUGGGGGUGCACCGCCUUAGGGGCUCCGACAUCACCGCCAUCACCAGUGCCAUGGCUCAGGAGCUCCUCCGGGAGCACAGCGCACACAGCGGUGAGUCCCUGAAAAAGGUGGCCAAACUGCUGGUGUGUAACUUCCGCACCCUGGAGCAGGAGUACCAGGAGGCCGACGCCAUGUUACAGGCCCUCCGAAAGAUUCCCAUCAUCCCCCUGGCUGAUGGCCGCAUGGUGGCUCUGGAUGGAGUGGGCGUCUUCUUCCCCCUCAGCGACCCUCACAGUGUCCAGACAGGCCGGGAAGCCAUUUAUAAGGAUCUUAGUACAGUGAACCCCAGGCUGCUGGAGUGCCUUGAUCCCCUGGGUAACUCUCAAGUAAGAGAGCUGCUGAAGAGACUGGAAGUGCAUGAGCUGGAGCCAGAGAAAGUCCUCCAGGAGCACAUUUAUCCCAUUCUGAAGAGCGGCACAUGGAAGGUCAAGCCUGAAGACAUUGUUAUCAGCUACCUUGUGUUCAUCAAGCAGCAUUCGUGCGGUCGAGACUAUGUGAAAUUGGAUGCAGCAAUCCCAGUUUUCACAAACAAGGGUUUUGUGUGUCCCAGAGAAACCAAGGUGCAGUUUUCAGAGGAGUAUGGAAACAUUGACCUGCCAUCAAAGCUUCCAGGGGUGGACUGGGUGUUGCUGCACAGCUGCUAUUUGAAAGCAGACCUGGAUCCCAGUGGCUGGAGAGAGUUCUUCAGUGCUUUAGGCGUUCAAGAUUUGUUCAUCUUCAAAAAGACAAAGCGUUCCCUGACGCUGAAUGAACUGGCCUCGAGCCCAUGGGCUCUCGACUGUGAGCUGUGGCCCAGGACUUCAGACAGCGUGUACGUCAUUGAAGAUCACCAGUGUGACGAGUUCCACGCCCUUGUAACAGCGGAUCAGCUCGACAAGAAACAGAAACUGGGACAGAGGCGGGAACUCCUGGGUCUGCUCAACAAAAACUGGGUUACUGGGGACCACUACUCUCAGUACAAGCAGGCUCAGGUGUUUAACAGCCAGGGACACAAGCUGAAAGAUGCCAGGUCGUCUUUCACCCAUUACCUGACCACAUUGCCUUGGGUUCCAGCGUUCAGAGCAGACCUGGGCAGCUAUGAUCAGCACACUGUGGAGUACAUGUGCCCUAGCAAGGUGUACCUGUAUUCUCCCGGGGUCUUCAGUCUCUUGGGAGUUCAUGUCAAUUAUGUUGACAUGAGUCCCAGUGAAUUUACUAACUCAAUUGGAAUGAAACAUUCUGUUUCCAUUGAAGAAGUGAUCACGCACUUGAAGUCGUGGUGCACAAAGAAAUCGGGUGGCUCAUCUGAAGAAAUCGAAGGAGCUGAUUUUACAACCAGUGUACAGCACUUGCACAAUGUCUACACGUACCUCUACGAAAACUGCAAUCCGACUCAGCUAAAAGACUUGUUUCUGCACACGCCUGCUGUUUUCAUAGCCUAUGAAAGAACGGAAGAAAUGUGCUCUGGGAGGUUCUACUUGAAAAAGGAAGUCUGCUGGAAUGAUCCUACCGAAAUGUUCCUGCGGUACAAGGAUCAGAUCCGAAAGUCAGAUGGUUGUGUGCAGGAGCCACGCAUUCUGGCUCCAUUUUACGGCCAAUUACAGAACAUGAAGGAUUUAUUCUGUAAGUGUUUAGAUGUGGAACCCAAUCCUUCAAUGAAACAGUAUGUGGACCUUCUGGAGCUAAUUUGCAGCCCGAAGUUACUGCCCACUGCAGAAAUUCUGCAGGAUGUUUCCAUCAUUUAUGCAAAACUAGCUGACAAGUGUAAAACCCCAGAGGACCAGGAGAGCGAACUUCAGAUGGACAGAAAUCGCUGCGUUUUUCUGAAAGAAAUGUUAAGUGACAAGAAAGUCUUUCCAACCAAGGAUCUCUGCUGGGUGACACUGGCAAGAAGACCUCUCAUUCCAGACAACAAGACUCUGGAAAAGGUUUUCAAAUCCCACACUCAAGUGUGUCUGCUCAGUCUUCCGCCUGCAGAGGUGAAGCCUUCCAGGGCCAAAACAGACUUAAAGCAAGGGAAAAGGAUUAUGAAUGACAAGAACUUGACAUUCAAUGAGAAGGACAGAGCUCUCUUCCUGGAAAUCUGUGGGAUAAAGAAACUCUCCGAGUGCGUGACUACCCAGGCCCAGACUGAAAACUACAGACCCUGUCCCCCGGUGCAGGCCCUGAUCCGGAAGGUGGUGCCUUACAUUCAGAAAUUUCUGUACUAUCAUGACGAACUUGGAAACAUUUAUGAAGACCUCCAGGAAAGAAACAUUGCUCAGCAAAUCAAGGCACUGUCUUUUGGUCAGGUGGGUAAACUAUACAUACAGUAUCAGCUAAACUUGCCUGAUGAGGAGCCUUUGUAUGAAAGAGAGGAUGUGAUAUGCCUUUUAAAGGACAACAAAGAACUUUAUAUCCAAAAAGACCACAUCACCUCCACACUGGAUAUUUGGAGAGAGAUUGUGAAGCUCUUCAGUACCAAGGACAAGUAUAUGAAGGAGCUGGAACGCUUUCUGCAAGGGCUGAUGUCCUGUCUGGAUGACGAAGCAGCGUUGACGAGAUUCCUGAAAACAGAAGACAUCCGUGAAAUUCCGAGCACUGAGGAGAAAUGGGAGGUUCCAGAACCUGUGGAGAUAAGGCUGGAGCCCAGAGCAAUCCAUUCAGAAGACCACAUCAGCAAGUCAGCCAGCACCACAGAGGAGGAGAGGAGAGGGGGUGUUGAGGACGGGGAGAAGACACUGGCAUGUUGGCCACCAAAGUCAUCCUUGCAUGGAGCCACGAGCAACUACACAGGGCAGGCAGCAGAAGCAGUGAUGAAGAUGUGGCCCCCCCCAGCCGAACCUUCCCCCUCAGACCUAAGGGGCCCAGCUAUGAGCUUUAAAACCCAAGGGGCCAGGGCCAGUGAGGCUGCAGCUGAAGUGAAGGAGAACAAGCACCCAGACCUCCAUGGAGACCAGCCCAGCGGAGUCACCGCAUGGCACCCUCUGGAUCUUGAUGGCGCAUUAAGCGGGCAGAGGCCUGUUGACACUCAACCGAAACCCGGCAAAAGCAGAACCAGUCCUGAUUCUGGGCAGCCUGUAGCUGAAGACGCUGUAGCUGCUGGACCAAACCCCUCAGAACCUUCGAACAUGAGCCUCCAGCCCCCUCCAGUGCUGGAAGCAGAUUCUACCACAUUCCAGGGCACAGACAUCCAGCGUCCACCCAUUCCCCUAGACAGCCCAGUCUGGGCCAAAGAGAAGCCACACCAGGCCAUGCUGGAGGACCUGGUCAUCGACAACACUGUUUCCAGGCCUAAGACAGUGGCUCUACCGGACGAGAGCACGAGCUCUGUGGCCGUCGGAGAGUGGGGGGAGCGCUAUGUCUACAGUUUCCUAACGAACUGGAAGGACAGUGGAAGCCCCGAUGGGCCCGUGGACAUCAUCUGGAGCAACCAAGACGGAGAGAGCGGCCAUCCGUACGAUUUCAAAGUCACCUUCGGCACCGCGAGCAACGGCCCAUCUGUGGUCUUCAUCGAGGUUAAGGCCACCGUGAAGGCAGAGAGAAGCCUGCUGCACCUGUCAGCCAACGAGCUGAGCCUGGCGCUGAAGGAGAAGGAUCGGUACCACAUCUACAGGGUGUACAAUGCCGGGGACGUGGAGAAUGCCCGCCUGUGCCGAAUUAAAAAUUUAGCCCAGAAGCUCCAUGCCAAGGAACUGGAGUUGUUCCUGUUUGUGUAGUGCCUAUAUGAUCAGAGACCUUUUUAAGUAUAUAAAAGGAACAAAUAUAAGAGUUGUUCAAUCUAUUAUUUCAUCUGAAAAUCAUACAGGGUGCAGAGUAACUAAAAAUGCACUGAAGUUCAGUGCCGUUACUGAUUUUAUAUUUUAUUGGGCAAUUGAUUUCUGUAGGUUUAGCUCUUUUUAUCUGACAAUUGUGUUUUUAAAUGUGUAAUGUCAUGUGUAGUAUAACUAAACCAAGAUUCCACAAUAAUUGUGUCAACAGGCAAGAACCUAUGAUCAGGUUUUGCCUGGAUGAUAGAUCUUAAUUUUUAUUUCAUCCAGAGUGCUAAAACUCUGUUUUAUACUCUGUUUUUAUUGAUAUACAGUAUACAGGUACUGUAUGUGCAGCUUUUAUAAGCAUUUUAACAGUAACAUAACAGUAACAUGGCAUGGGCCUUAACUAUACGCCAUCGAUACAAUACAGUAGAACUCAUGCUUAGAUUGUUAUUUGAAUUGUGCAUUCAUUCACCAUGGCUAUAGGAUCAGGUUCCACCCAUUUGUAACUUUGGAACUAUACCAUUCACCAAACAAAAAUUAAACUGUGCUCAAAGUA